AUGUCUUGCUACGACCUGUGCUCCCCCUCUGCCUGCGGCGUCUACCGCCCCCAGCCCCUCGCUGACAGCUGCAACGAGCCCUGCGUCCGCCAGUGCCCUGACUCCACCACGCUCCAGCCACCUCCAGCUGUUGUCACCUUACCCGGCCCCAUCCUCAGCUCCUUCCCCCAGGAUUCAGUUGUGGGAUCUGCUGGAGCACCCGUCUUUGGGGGUUCCCUUGGCUACGGGGGCUAUGGCUCCCUGGGCUAUGGGGGCUAUGGCUAUGGGGGCUAUGGCUAUGGGGGUCUGUAUGGCUAUGGGGGCUACGGGGGUCUGUAUGGCUAUGGGGGCUCCCUGGGUUACAGGGGGCUGUAUGGCGUAGCCUAUUUUGGUUCUGCCUAUUGCAGCCCUUACUCCUACCGCUACAACAGGUACAGCCGUGGCAGCUGCGGGCCCUGCUAA